UUCUCGGACGCGCUGAGACUAGGAAGGUAAAAAGACGAUGCCUGGCGAGCCUCGCUCACACUCGCACCGCAGACGCUGGAUUUGCUGAUUGCCGACAUUACUCCACUUAAGUCAAGUUCUCCAGUGUGGCCGUGCAGAGAUUUCCGACUCGGAGGAUGCUCCCACAGGUCAUCCGGAUCCUUUACGUCUUGUCGUUCUGCUUUUUCCAGGGAGGCUUUAUCAGACUGAGCUCCUGUAAGGAGGAGAUAAAGCCCCCCGUCAGGGCACCGCAGCUGUCGCCUUCCGACUUCCUGGACAAGCUCAUGGGAAGAACGUCGGGAUACGAUGCUCGCAUCAGACCCAACUUCAAAGGCCCGCCCGUGAAUGUCACCUGCAAUAUUUUCAUCAACAGCUUUGGCUCCAUCACGGAAACCACUAUGGACUACAGGCUCAAUGUGUUCCUACGCCAGAAAUGGAAUGACCCCCGUCUGGCAUACAGCGAAUAUCCAGACGACUCACUGGAUCUAGAUCCGUCCAUGCUGGACUCCAUCUGGAAACCCGAUUUGUUUUUUGCCAACGAGAAGGGCGCCAACUUCCACGAGGUCACCACAGACAACAAGUUACUGAGAAUUUUCCAAGAUGGCAGCGUUCUGUACAGCAUCAGGCUGACUCUCAUCCUGUCCUGCCCCAUGGACUUGAAGAAUUUCCCCAUGGACAUUCAGACGUGCACCAUGCAGCUUGAGAGCUUCGGCUACACCAUGAACGACCUGAUCUUCGAGUGGCUCUCUGAGAAUCCCGUCCAAGUGGCCGACGACCUCACCCUGCCGCAGUUUGUGCUUAAAGACGAGAUGGAUUUGGGCUACUGCACCAAGUAUUACAACACAGGUAAAUUCACCUGCAUCGAGGUGAAGUUCCACCUAGAGCGUCAAAUGGGCUACUACUUGAUCCAGAUGUACAUCCCUUCGCUCCUAAUCGUCAUCCUCUCAUGGGUGUCCUUCUGGAUCAACAUGGACGCCGCCCCCGCCAGGGUGGGCCUGGGCAUCACCACUGUGCUCACCAUGACCACGCAGAGCUCUGGCUCACGGGCCUCCCUGCCAAAGGUGUCCUAUGUGAAGGCCAUUGACAUCUGGAUGGCCGUGUGCCUUCUGUUUGUGUUCGCCGCUCUGCUGGAGUACGCGGCGGUCAACUUUGUCUCCAGGCAGCACAAGGAGUUCAUCAGGCUGAGGAAAAAGCAGCGGCAGCAAAGAAUCGAACUCGCCUGUCGGAACGGGAGUGUUGAGUCAUUGCAGAACGUGAACGUCAUUCCGACUAGCGAUACCACCUGCAGGAAAGUGACUGAGCACUGCAGCGCCUGUAUCAGGGAUGAGGAGAUGUUGCGGGAGAACCGUGGAUUCUAUUUCCGGGGUUACGGAUUGGGCCACUACAUGCAGUCCAAAGACGGCACCGCCACGGAGGGACCCACCGUCUUCGGCCCACCAGCUCCUGUGACGGUGCACGACGGUGAGUUCCUCCACAAGCGCUUCGUAGACCGGGCCAAGCGCAUCGACACCAUCUCCAGAGCCGUCUUCCCGCUGAGCUUCCUCAUCUUCAACAUCUUCUACUGGGUCACCUACAAAGUGCUGCGACACGAGGACAUCCAUGCCAGUUUGUAAAGGCCAUCCUCCUUUCUACAGAUUCUGCCAGGAUUUGCCUCCAUUACGGCGAGGAGCAGUAGUGUUCCUCUUGUAAUUGGGAAUGAACGCUACGUCCGGAGUGUCUCCGGGUUCUCGAGAACGUUCAAAGCCCAAAAUAAAAAUGUUUAGCAGAGUGGAUUCAGGAUGGCGCUUUUGCCUCCGGUUGGAUUCGACCGGUGGAUCCUUGACAGUGAUGUCAUUGAUUGAGGACUGAUGAGACUUGAAUUUCAACACUUUGCAUCUCUGAAUGUUUUCCAAAAUUCUAACAACGGUGGCUUUUUUACACUUUUAGUUCAACAGGCAAAGGUGUCUCAAAAGGGUCUUUGAUAUAUACAAAUAUUCAGUAAGUGGUGACUUUAGCUACUUGUAAAUGACAGUGUACAAAUUGCAUAAUAAAAGAAGACAUUGACAAAACCACACAAAGCACAAAUAUGUUUUCAUUUUAAGUCGAAACAAAAUGGGUUUUUUUCGGCCAGGAAAAUGGAUGAUUGGUUUUCUUUUAAAUCAAAUAAAUAGAUAACUGCAUGACAUUUAGGAUACUUUCACUUGUGUGGAAAUUGUUACGACUGAGAAAAUUCGAUCACUCUUAAGCAAAUUUAUAGACAGAAAAUAUAAAACACAAAGGAAAUAGAUGGUAUAGUGGAAAAAACCAACACGUGUUUAAGGCCAAGGAACUGUAGCUUUGCUGCCAUCUUGUGGCAUCCUAUACCAAGAAUGUUGUAGUGGGUUGAGGCACUUCAUAGAGACAAAAGUAGUGCUUUGCUGCCAUCUUGUAGCAUCUAUGGGCAAUUAUAAAGUUUAUUAGGGGGCUUCAAAUACUUGCAGAUUUUCGCUAUUCACGGCAGGGCUCACUGCGAUUGGCUGGUGACUAGUUCAGGGUGUACCCUGCCUCUCACCCGGACAUAGCUGGGAUGGGCUCCAGCACGCCCACGACCCGAGUGAGGAUAAGUGGAACGGAAGAUGGAACGGCAGGGCUCAAUCCCUAUCCCUCACGAAUAGAAGAGGUUUACUGAAGUCUGCUUUUUUUGGUCUCAAUCAAGAUCAGGGACAUUUAUCAAUUCAUUGCUUAAGAAUUUAGCCGAGUUUGUGGAUUGAUUAAAAAUUGAGUGUACUACUUGGCUGCUAAGUAUACACUUUCAACUAGUUUUCUGUCAAGAGAAGAACGGCAAUGACGUCAGCUAUGGGAAGUUGAGCUCUAUGGUAAUUCCUCCGGGCAGGAUUCAUAUAGUCAACACUAGCAUGAAUGCAGUUCAAAACAUUCAGAGAGAGAUCCCAGUAACAAACAAUUCAUUAGUUUAUUGAUUGUCCGUUGUUUGAAUCAAUUAAUGGACAUGUAAGCUUUGUUUGUUUCCUCCCGAUUUGGUUUCUUUUCACAUGCCCAAAAAAUAUCCUCUCUGUUCUUGCUGGUUGGCAGAAUGUAAACAGGAAUAAAGUUUGGUGUUUGGAAAGGUGAGUGAAACAGCGCUAAUAAAUACCACCAAAAUACACGCUAAACCAAAGUUGUAUUUGGUGCUUCUUAUAGUUACUAAAUCAGCUUUAAGGGACAAACCUGAUUGUUUCAUUUGCCAGUUGGAUUUUGACUGCAGCCCAACCGCGUCAGUGUUCAUUGAUGCUAGACCAUUUGGACCACACUGGAGUUCGAUUACUAUGUUCAAACAUGACCAAACGAACCACACCAAUGGAGCAAAAUCAUCCAUCCAUCCAUCCAUCCAUCCAUUUUCUGAGCCGCUUAUCCUCACUAGGGUCGCUGGAGUGCUGGAGCCUAUCCCAGCUAUCAUCGGGCAGGAGGCAGGGUAGACCCUGAACUGGUUGCCAGCCAAUCACAGGGCACACAUAUACAAACAACCAUUCGCACUCACAUUCACACCUAGGGGCAAUUUAGAGACUUCAAUUAACCUACCAUGCAUGUUUUUGGGAUGUGGGAGGGAACCGGAGUGCCCGGAGAAAACAUGCACGGGGAGAACAUGCAAACUCCACACAGGCGGGGCCGGGAUUGAACCCCGCUCCUCAGAACUGUGAGGCAGAUGCUCUAACCAGUCGGUUAGAUCAAAAAUCAACUAGAGUUUGAUUAAAAUGGUCCAAAUGAUGCUUGCGUGAAUUUCUUUCCAAUUUGUGUCAGAUCGCAUCAGCUCCAAAUCCAGCUUAAAUGGAGAAAGUGCAAUCCGGAAGGGUAACAGGGAAAAAAAAAUAUUUGUUGGAGCUCAUUGUAAGGCGUUGCGUCCAUGAUCAUCAAGGAGGAAUUUGGACAUACAGUGUUUACAGGGAAAUUGCAUCAGCAUUGCCUUUCCCUUUCCCAUUUGCCAGCUUGGUUUAAGAGGUGGGAAAGCUCAGGGGGAGGAGUGUUCCCAGGGAGGGAUGACAAAUGACUUUUUUAAUGGCAAAUCAGGGUGUUGUUUUAUCAACUAAUGACUUCGAA